GGUCUUAAUUCAAUACCCGCGAAAAAAAAGGGAAAACGUAAAAUGCAGUAGGAAGAAGAAGAAUAGAGAGAGAGAGAGAGAGAGAGAUGAAUUCAAAUUGGAUCAAAAGCAAAGCUGAAGCAGUAAUGGAAAAGAUUAAAAGAUGAUUCUUCUGCUGCUCCAAUGCCAUGACCUCCGAGGGAACAACAAGACAAAAAGCUGAAAUCUGCAAAUAUUAAAUCAUAUUAUAUCCAUUCAUUUCUUUCAUAAGAUAAACCUAAUAAUAUCUUUUUUCUUCUUUGGAUCCAUUUUUGUGGAUUGAAAGUUUUCUAUUUAUAAUUGGGUUGUAUCCUUUAAUUAUUUUCCUAAUUAAUCAUCGAGCCUCUAAUUAAUGGAGCCUCGUGUUGGUAAUAAGUUUCGUUUGGGCCGGAAAAUCGGUAGCGGCUCCUUUGGUGAGAUCUACCUCGGGACUAAUGUUCAGACUAAUGAAGAGGUUGGAGUUAAGCUGAACAAAGCCGAAGGGAUGAUUUGGAGUCACUGGGUUAUGUUCUAAUGUAUUUCUUAAGAGGAAGUCUUCCUUGGCAGGGGCUGAAAGCAGGCACAAAGAAACAGAAGUAUGAGAGGAUCAGUGAGAAGAAAGUUUCAACAUCAAUAGAGACAUUGUGUCGUGGCUAUCCUACAGAGUUUGCAUCAUAUUUUCACUACUGUCGAUCACUGAGAUUUGAGGAUAAACCAGAUUAUGCUUAUCUCAAGAGAAUUUUUCGUGACCUUUUCAUUCGUGAAGGUUUUCAGUUUGAUUAUGUCUUUGACUGGACUAUUUUAAAAUAUCAGCAAUCACAACUUGCCAAUCCUCCAUCUCGUGCUCUUGGUGGUACUGCUGGACCAAGUUCAGGGAUGCCUCAUGCUCUUGCUAAUGUUGAGAGGCAAUCAGGUGGUGAAGAAGGUCGGCCUAAUGGUUAUUCUUCAGCAAAUCUUACACGUAAUAGGAACACAGGGCUGCAUUUCAACUCUGGAAGCUUAGCUAAGCAAAAAGGGACAGUUGGCAAUGAUUUAUCCACGGGUAAAGAGUUAUCCAGUUCUAAUUUUUUCCGAACAAGUGGAUCGUCAAGGCGUCCAGCUGUGUCUAGCAGUCGUGAUCCAGUGCUCGCUGGUGGUGAACCUGACCCCUCUCACACCCGGAAAACAGAUGCCAGUCCAGGACAUCUCCGUAAAACUACCAGUGCCGCACAGAGAAGUUCACCAAUUUUGUCAUCAGACCAGAAGCGCAGCUCCUCCACUAAAAUGGACAAGAAUUUCGAGGCUGCCCUUAAAGGAAUAGAGGGCCUGAGUGUUAAUAAAAAUGAUGAGAGGCUGCAUUACUAGCUGUGCUUUCUGUGACUGUAAAUCUUGGCAAAACAGUUACACCAACUUGGGGGAUAAGGAUGCACUUUGCUACGAGUUGCCAUCAGAAAAGACAAAACAGAAAUUUACAGUGACCCCAAAAACACGAUAAGGAGAUUAAGGGGUUACAAAGCCAGAUUUGAGAUCCCCUUGGUAAUCUGGUUUAUGCUAUGUCUAUACAUUUGGCGCUCUGUCUGUUUUCCUCAUCUCUUUCCCUCUCCUUUAUUAGAAUUCUUAGUAUUCCAAAUGGUGCUAUGUUGUGAAUUAUGAAGAUAUUUUUGUAUGAUCGGAGACUAAAAUAUUCACUUGAGACAGACAUACUGCAUUGGAAUUACACCCAUCUUUUUUGCUAU